AUUCCCAAACCCACUUAACAAAAACCCUCAACAAAACCCUUGCGAGUUACGACUAAAGUUUUUCCCUUUUUCUUCUUCUCUCUUCUCGUUUCUUCCAAUCUUCGAAGUCGCAAACCCUAAAACAGGAGAGAGAAAAUAAAACCUCCAUUACCAAACUAAAUCCAUGGAUAUGGGUAGUGAUUUCGAUCGUCUCCUCUUCUUCGAGCAUGCUCGCAAAUCCGCUGAAGCAGCUUACACUAAAAAUCCUCUCGAUGCUGAUAAUUUGACGAGAUGGGGAGGAGCUUUGAUUGAGCUGUCUCAAUUUCAGACUCCCGAUGACUCCAAGCAGAUGCUUUCAGAUGCGGUGUUGAGGUUAGAGGAAGCUCUGGAAAUUAAUCCUAAAAAACAUGACACAAUGUGGUGUUUGGCAAAUGCUCAUACUACACAUGCAUUUAUGGUUCCUGACAUUGAUGAGGCUCGACCUUACUUUGAGAAGGCUGCUGACUUCUUUCAACAAGCUGUUGAUGAGGAUCCUACUAAUGAUUUGUAUAGGAAAUCCUUGGAAGUUUCUGCAAAGGCUCCGGAGCUACAUGCAGAGAUCCACAAGCAACAAGCCUUUAGCCAACGCCAACAAUCUAUGGGUGGCGGAGCUUCAUCUUCUGCUUCCACCAAGAGUGCCACCAAAAAGAAGAAAUCCAAUGAUUUCUUAUAUGAUGUGGCGGGGUGGGUUAUUCUUGCAGCUGGUAUUGUGGUGUGGUUAGGGUUUGCGAAGAACCAAGUUCCUCCUCAGCCAAGGUAAUCUGUUUUUUUUUAGCGUGGCCUAAGUUUUGUCAAGAAGUUGGGGGCCGACAGCUGAGAUUGAUCGGAUUUUUGCGUGGAAUACACCUGAGUUUUCAGGGUUGCAGUUCAUUUGUCGUCAUUAAAUAUAUUGUCUAGCUGUAGUUUAGCUAUAUUUGUUAGCUUUAGUUCAAAAUUAUUUGUGACUGGAGUUUUCUUACAAGGUCGAAUUUUCAUUGAUUUAUACUGGUUGUACGGACCAUUCUAAAUUGUACGAUGUUUCAUUAAUCAGUAUACAAAAUAAGUACCUGCUUCAACAGUUUGUUUGAUUACAGUGUUA